UAAUAUGCAGCAGGUAUUAAUAUUUUAUUAUUUUUUAAUCGAGCAGACCCUCGGAAUGCCAGAGAAGAAUUAGCUCUUUGUGGUUGGUAUCAACUAUCCAUAUGGCCGCCACUCUUCCUCGACAAACAAAGAAAUUUCGGAAGCCGCUGGGCCGAGCAAGAGGCUUGGGUUCGGAUUUCUCGCACGUCGAACUGAGAGGAGGAGUGGCUGAAAACAUUAACUUGGUUGUGGUGAGUAUUUCUGCUGGGGAUGAGGAAGUGAAUGCUGUGAGGAAGGUGGCAUAUUUGAAUGCUUUCGUUCGGUUGCUGCAGAAGAGUAGAGGAAGUAUAGCACGAUAUCCAUCUUUCGAAAAUCUAUUGUACAGCUUGAGAGCAUGUCUCUUGAAUCAGCAGCGAAGUGUGAGAGGUGCAACAUUGAGAACUCUCCGUUACCUUGUCAAUGACAGUGAUAUGGUUCAGCGACUAGUCGAUGUUAAACUUGAUUUACUAAUUAUGAGGUCAUUUGAUUCGGUUGAUGCGAGGCCUGUUGAACGGGUUCAGGCAAUGAGAUUCAUUCGAAAGUUGUCAGUGGUUUGUCCACAACACGUUCCUCAUUCCCUCGUCGUCUCUCUAGUGGCAACAGCUGAGCACAUGAGUACAGACGAGAAACUCACUAAUGCAGCACUGGCAACGUUAUCUGAACUCGCCAUAGUAAACCCAUCAGUUGUUGCGUUUUCACGAGGCAUCAAAGCUAUUCUGAGAGGAACGAUUGAUUGUGUGUCUAAUUGUAUGGGAGAGUCUCUCCUCAUGUCGAUUCUCUACCUUCUCAACCAUCCAGACACGAGGUGUUUUAUACGGCCAGACAUUGAUCUUGAGGUUAUUGUAGCACCUUUUACCGAUGCACAUUACAGACACACCGCAGAAGGUCAAAAGGAUGAACCAAAGGAAACACGUUGGCUCCAAAUUUUGGCCGCAAGAACAGCACUUGCAACUAUGUUUCGGUCCUGGGCUGGUCUCAUUUCGUUUUGUAAUCCAACUGGGUGGGGUCUUAAGUCAUUAGUGGAAGUGCUGCGACUACCGAACUCGGUGACUCAGAGGGGUAUCAUGGACUUGCUGUAUGACAUUUUCAAGCUCAAUGCUCCUGACUGGACUGAUGAUUUUGAUCAAGCCUUAACAAGUACAGAUCCGUGUCGUCCAAGAGACUCGUGGAGGCUCGAAGAGCAGUGGGUAGUUGAAGAGGCAAAAGUCGUAUUGUCUCACCUUCGGAAGGGAAGAACAAAUCUGGUAACGAGUUAUAUUGCCAUGUUGCUGACGACGUUUAUUCAAGCUGGUUUACUUGAGAAUCUUGUGAAAGUUGUUGAAUCGAGAGAUGCGUUUGUGUCUGUGCAAGGCACAAUCUUACUUGGAGAACUUCUUCAUUUGGCAAACACGAUUCUACCACCCGAGUGUUCAUCUCAGUCUCAUUGUUUGCCGACUUUGAUUUCUGUUGCAACGUCGUUUGACAAGACAGCGUCAGAGAGAAAUCGUGCAACUGCAGUCGUUAAUUGUCUCGAUCGUCUACAUCAAAGAAAGAAAAUUAGUACGAGGCCUGACAGUCUUUACUUACAACUGACAAUGAGUCAGUCAGAAUCAGCAGAGUUGAAACAGUCGACGGUCGGCAAAGAACCGCAGAUCACUCACGUAACACUGAAGGAAUUAGAGGAAGCCAACAUCGACAGCAUGCUGCGAGAAUCACAAGUGUUGACUACCAAAGAUAUCGGUCAAUGGAACUGGAACAUUAUUGGAACAAUAUUGAAAUCACCUCAUAUUUCAAUGAGACGAUUGGAAGAAACAUCAGCUACAAAGUUUGUCAAACGUUUGUGUAAUUUCUACAAACCGUCGAGUGCAGCGUUUAGCAAACUUGAACAGACGCACGCCAACGUCCAAAAAUACUCGGCCAUCGGUUGCCGGCUGAUGCUCUUCCUUCUGGGAGGAGAGGAGGGCAUCAAGUUUGCAAACGAUAUCAUUAGUGAGAUUACUGCAGCAAUUAGACGGGUUGCUGAUAGGAGUUCUACUCGUGAAGACUUGUUGUCGGCUGGAUCAGUGUCUCACACUUUGAGUAGAGAUUACUUGUUGUUACUUGGGCAGCUCACAACGUCUACCACUGGUAUGGAGGUAUUGAAGAAAAACAACAUAUUUAGUUGUUUGCUGGGUGUGUGUGAUGUCAUCCAAAGACGAGAUUUGAACAAACUGUUGUUGACCAGUUUGGACUAUAGUCAUAGCGGGUUGUGUCGCGUUGUUCUGUCCAAGCUGCUGACAGGAAUUGAUUCGGCUAUACGACUGUAUGCAACUUCAUAUCUGAGAGUUCUACUACAGGCUCAUCUUCCUCAAUUUAAAGACUGGGGCAUUGAGAUGUUGAUCACACAACUGUAUGACACAGAAGAGCCUGUUGUGAAUGAGGCAAUGGAUAUACUUGAUGAGGCUUGUGAUGAUGAGUCGUAUCUGCACACUAUUGUGCUUCAGUUUCCUGCUUUGCUUCACAUCAAAGACAGAGGAUCUGCCUUGUUUACAAGGUUUCUCUCCGUGAAUAGAGGUUAUUGGUAUCUUCAGAGCCUUGACUACAUUACUGAGGAAAUGGAAAGAUGGCACCAGGACUACAAUAAGAGGUAUGUCGUUCAAACAGAACAACGCCUUGCUGAGUGUCUAACAGGAUAUCGAAAAACUGAUGAAGGACAAUACAUACGGCGAUCACGAAUACAACUGACAAGGUUGGAUGUCUUUGCUCCUGUCCAUUUCUAUGGACAGCUGGUGCAGCUUCGUGAGGGAUGUAAAUUGUUACAGAAACAGCGACAUCUUGACAACUUCAUCGAGACUCUCAACAAUUCGUCGAUGACUUCCAGUGACGUGCUGGACAAGAAAGCAGCCAUCUGGGCAUUGGGACACAUUGGGACAUCACAUUGGGGAGUGCAACUGCUUCAAAAUCAAUAUGUCAUUGAACAGCUUGUUGAGGUGGCUGAAACAAGUCCGGUUUUAUCGAUCAGAGGAACUGCAUUCUACGCCCUUUCUCUCAUCGCAAGAACGAAACUCGGCUCUAAUCGUUUACACGAACUCGGCUGGCUCUGUCUGCGACACAACGGCGAGCAACAAUGGCCAGUCACAGAAAUAACACCUCAAUCUGCUAGCGAUUCAGACACUUAUUCUCUAGACCGUCCUCUCAGCACUGAUGCUACUGGUUUACCCACUCCAUACACACCCGUCUUCAAUGAGUUUAACCAUCCAGAUUUGACCGCUUCACGUGAUGCAACGAGUCUUGACUGGGUCACUCUACCAAGACGAAGUGUUGCUCGACAGAGACAUUCACUCGGGCUUGAUCUCGUGUCCCCAGUUGAGAAAAUAGGAGCACACAUGCCAUUACAGAAGACAGGGAGUUUGGGUGCCAUGUUAGACACUGACCACACGUUGGUUGGUCUGAAGCCAUCAAGCUCAGAUCAGAGGUUAAAUGUUGAUGAAGCUAAGCCUUCUAAGCACAAACGGAACUUGUCGUAUGGUGGGAAUACUGAACCAGGAAUGAGGUCAUCGUCGUUGUUUACGUCUCCGAAGGCGUUAAGACAUAGUGCAGCAACACUGGGCGUUGAGAUAAAUGCUGCGCUAAUAUAUGGAAGGAAGACAGCUCGUCCAGUGAGCAUGAUAGCCGAUGCUGAAACGAUGAGUAAGUUGUAUGUUGGAGCGUCACCGGUGUUGGAGAAGUCGAUGUGGAGUGAUGGUACGUUGAUGAGGAGAAGCAGCUCGUUGACACUAGAAGGAGGGUACAUUGGCUUGACUGUGCCCUCAAACUUGGAUGCCUUUUAUACGGUUGAGAGUUUUGAAUUCAAGGGAUCUUGGCCUUGUGCGUUUCCUACUGAUGCUAAUGAAAAGUUUAUGGAUCAUUUGCGUGUGAAAGGGUCUACUCCGAAUUUUCCAAUACCAAAUUAUGAGCAAGAUUCAGAUGAUCAACAAGAUGAAACGGACGGAUUUUCGGUAGUAGAUCAGCUAAUGUUAAGGAAAGAGUUGUUCAGACUGCUGGGAAAUUUAGCUACAGCUGUGGGUAGCAAAGCGACACAACAAGGAUUAAAGAUUUUCAAGGAACGUUUUCCCAAUCUAUUCAAGGAUUCUACCGUCUACUUAGACGUCUGCGAGAUGCUGGCAGUGUAUCAUUACUCUCUACCGGCUAGACGACUCGCUCACAGUCUAUUUGAGGGUAUCACAUUAGACCCAGCCCCACCACAAGUCCUUCGACAACGCUCUUUCAGCUCUUCAGAAACAACUCCUCUAGAUGCAACUAAAACAGGCUCACAAAAUGACAAUCCCUACAGGUUUAUUGUUCGACGAAGAAGCAGCACUGGUGAUAUUGGAGCAUUUCGUGCUCCACAUAGUGCAAACUCUGACAAAAAGCCUGUGCAACACUUCAACCAAACUGGAGAGAACGGCAUCUCUCGACAGGGCAGCAAGAUGAAGUCACGUGGUCAAGGCGGAUACAAUUUGACAGUUGAAGAUAUUUAGUUGAUUUCAAUGAUUUGCUUGUACAUUUUGUUUGGUGCUUUUUUAAAGGUUUUGUGGUAGAUUUUUUGUAAGAUAGUCAUGUAUGGAAUUUUAGUGAUAAUUAAUUAAUUAAUUGGUUAGAUUGGCAAGUAAUACCUGUUGUAUGUGAAUUGUAAACACUAAACAUUUAGAUGGA